UGCACUGAAGGGAACGCACUUCGUUAUCGUCGCCUGCUUCACGCGCACGAUCUCUGUUAACGUCACUUCCUGCUCCCGCCGCUUUCUUCCUUUUCCGUCAGCCAUUCGUGAUCUGCGGUCUAAACAGCCUUAACGGCAAUCAGGAGUCUACACCAUGCAGAACGACGCUGGAGAAUUCGUGGACCUGUACGUGCCUCGCAAAUGCUCUGCGAGCAACAGGAUUAUUGGUGCAAAGGACCAUGCUUCUAUCCAGCUCAACAUUGCUGAGGUUGACAAAGUCACAGGCAGGUUCAAUGGCCAGUUCAAGACCUACGCCAUCUGUGGCGCUAUUCGUAGAAUGGGUGAGGCUGAUGACUCUCUCCUGAGGCUGUCAAAGAACGACUCAAUUGUGUCAAAGAACAUCUAGGUUCAAGGAAAAACACCUGAAAGUUCUUUGUAAAAUAAAAUGUAAAAAAAAUAAAA